UCCGCCGUUGGGGGAUGGAAAGCAGGCGGAUUUGGAGGAGCUGGAGGACGGGGAGGACUUGUUCACCAGUACCGUCUCCACCCUGGAGAAGUGUAUCAUCAAAAACAUUUAUUGAGCAUCUACUGUGUGCAGAGCACUGUACUCAGCAACAUUCAGCAGAAGUCAAAGACACAGUCCAUUCCUUGGAGGAGGAUGCAAUCUAAUUGGGGAGACGAGCAACUUAAAUUUUCCGAAAUACAACAAGAUCUGUCCCACUAGAGCAUGGCAAGCAGAAGUUGGCUGCAGCCACGUGGCCCAGAGCGCCCCAGCAUCGGGGCCUCGGGGUCCAUGGAGCGGUGCCUGAGACCGCAGCGCCUCCCCUCAUAUUCCCUGCCCGCCAUCGCCGGGGAGAAGACCCACCCCGCUGAAGUGGGGCUGGCAGAAGCCCCUGUACAACAGUUAGAACAUUGGGACGGUUGGGACUUUCGGCCGAGGACAGCCCUGACUGGAGAGUCAAGCCCAUCAUCUCCAGAACCAGCUAGUCUUCUUGCUGAAGAUGUCACUACCAACUCCAAUGGCCCCAAACCUGCAGAAAUCAUACUUGAUGAUGACAGGGAAGACCUUUUUGCUGAAGCCACAGAAGAAGUUUCUUUGGACAGCCCAGAAAGGGAGCCUAUCCUCUCUCCUGAACCUUCUCCCGCUGUCACACCUGUAACGCCCACUACUCUAAUUGCACCGAGGAUUGAAUCCAAAAGUAUAUCGGCUCCUGUGAUUUUUGAUAGAUCCAGGGAAGAGAUUGAAGAGGAAGCUAAUGGAGAUAUCUUUGACAUAGAAAUUGGUGUUUCAGACCCAGAGAAAGUUGGAGAUGGCAUGAAUGCCUAUAUGGCUUAUAGAGUAACGACAAGGACUUCCCUAUCCAUGUUUAGUAAGAAUGAGUUUUCAGUUAAACGGAGAUUCAGUGACUUUCUUGGCUUGCACAGCAAAUUAGCCACAAAGUACCUUCAUGUUGGGUACAUUGUGCCUCCAGCUCCAGAGAAGAGUAUUGUAGGCAUGACCAAGGUUAAAGUAGGUAAAGAAGACUCAUCCUCUACCGAAUUCGUAGAAAGGAGGAGAGCAGCCCUGGAGAGGUAUCUUCAACGCACAGUAAAGCAUCCAACAUUACUACAGGAUCCUGAUUUAAGGCAAUUCUUAGAAAGUUCUGAGCUGCCCAGAGCAGUUAAUACCCAGGCUCUGAGUGGAGCAGGGAUAUUGAGGAUGGUGAACAAGGCUGCCGACGCUGUCAACAAAAUGACAAUCAAGAUGAAUGAAUCGGAUGCAUGGUUUGAAGAAAAACAGCAGCAAUUUGAGAACCUGGAUCAGCAACUUAAGAAACUCCAUGCCAGUGUUGAAGCCUUAGUCUGCCACAGAAAAGAACUUUCAGCCAACACAGCUGCCUUUGCUAAAAGUGCUGCCAUGUUAGGCAGCUCCGAAGAUCACACUGCUUUAUCUAGAGCUUUGUCUCAGCUUGCUGAAGUUGAGGAGAAGAUAGACCAGUUACACCAAGAGCAAGCUUUUGCUGACUUUUAUGUGUUUUCAGAGCUUCUUAGUGACUACAUUCGUCUUAUUGCUGCAGUAAAAGGUGUGUUUGAUCAUCGAAUGAAGUGCUGGCAGAAAUGGCAAGAUGCUCAGGUUACUUUGUUGAAAAAGCGUGAAACUGAAGCAAAAAUGCAACUUGCCAACAAACCAGAUAAACUUCAGCAAGCUAAAGAUGAAAUUAAAGAGGAAAUUGAAGAGUGGGAGGCCAAGGUUCACCAAGGGGAGAGAGAUUUUGAGCAGAUCUCCAAAACCAUUCGCAAAGAAGUGGGAAGAUUUGAGAAAGAACGUGUGAAAGACUUUAAAGUUGUUAUUAUCAAGUACUUAGAAUCAUUAGUGCAAACACAACAGCAGCUGAUAAAAUACUGGGAGGCAUUCCUACCUGAAGCCAAAGCCAUCGCCUAGAAUAAAGAUGAUUCCAAAUUUGAAGAUUCUCUGGAUGUUUGUCCUGGUUAUGCUAAAUUCCACAGUGAAAUCACUUUAAAAUCAUCCAAAUAAACCACUAUAUAUUUUCUGAAUUAACAUGUGGCUUUUUUUAUAUACUAUGACAUUUUAUUAAUAGCUGCAUGUCCUGACCCUCUUGAAUUAAGUGGACUGUGGCAUGACAUUCUGCAAUAAUUUGCUGGAUUGAACACUAUUGUGUCUUAAUACUUGCACUAAAAAGUGCACUGCAAGGCCAGAAAGUUUUACAAUAUUUUUUUCUUUACAAUAUGUUCCGUAGUAUGUCUGAUCUUUAUCAAACAAAUAAUUGCAGUGAUUAAUGUUCACUUACACAUUCCUGUACAGAAUCCUGAUUUUGUGAUAAUUAUAAUAAAGGGAUGUACCUUGUGAAGUUCUAGUAACAAAUUAUUUUAACAUGAUAAAAUAUAUAGGGUCCUUUUAAAGUGUUCUUUAAUUAUUAACUUUUUUCCUGCUUGAAAUUUGGGUAUGGGAAAUCUAACCCAACUGCUCCUAUUUUAUUUGCUACUAGGACUUGAAAUUUCCAGUCACUAAGCAAAAUCAAGCUAAAAUCUAACCAAGCAACUGUUAUGAAUCUAAAAAAUUAUUGUCCUGUUUCCUUAGAGCGCUGUAAUGUUGUACGGUUAACUGGAACUAGGAAUGCUUUGUAUAUCGUGGUGAAAAGGACAGAUGGUUAUGCUAGGUUUUACCUUUCAGGUAGGCUGCUGCAAGGGAACGUGAAGAGAACAUUCCGGUCGGAACAGCAGUGUAGCUUGCAUGAUUCCUGAGUGCAGAAACCUAGCUUAGCCACGCAGCCAUUGCCGACUUGUACAUUUCCCGUAGCCUUGAAAACUGAAAGUGUUUUCGGAGCCCUCAGUCCUUUCCUCUUUAGGUAUUUAAAAACGCUAGGCCUUUCCAUGUCCUGCGUGUUGGAUCUGGGGGCCAGCCUCUAGCCAGGAGUAAUGGGCUGGCUGGGCUGACCUUGUCUCUUACCACUGUGUACCCUGCUAGCACUCAGAAAGUAGAUGGAGAGAGGAGGCCCAAGACAACUUGUUUGCCUUUUGGUGACUGGAGCAAGCAAGCCAUUCCCCUCACAGUUCUCAGUCUUCCAUUGGCAGGUAUACUGACUUUUUAGGGCAGUGGAAUGCUGUUUAUCUUCCUAUGUUAGGGUGGUCCAACCUUUACAGGGAAAGAGGGUCCCUCCGUUCCUGGCCCUGAGCUAGGAUUGACAUCAGAAAAAGGAAGGGGGUGGGGGGAUGGGCGGCUUGGGGAUUUAGGGCCUUCGCAAAUAACCAGGGCGAGGAAGGGAUGUGGACCGCCUACAGUAAUAUCACCCUAUAUUAUUGAAACCCCGAAAGCUAUUCCCCACACAAGCUUGAGUUAGAUGUGGGUGAAAUAGGCGCUACAUAAAUACAGGAGUCACCCAGAGCAGACAUCCUAAAGCGUUCAGCAUUCACACGGAGCUAAAUAUGGGCAGCCUUGACUUGCGGUUUCGUAUUAGUCACUCGGAUCGUCUCCAAUUGCCGCCACAUUCUCAAAUAGCAGAGUUGUUCCAGGGGACCAACUGCUGGCUACCUGGAAGAAUAAAUGCCACUUCAGAAUUGGCCAGUGAACUCCCAGGAAAUACUUGCUUUUUAUCUGGGUUACCUUAACAGUCUACUCUUGGGGAAGGAACGUUGCUUACAUGUUGUUAACCAUUGCAUUGAUAAUAAUAAUCGCAAUAAUUUAACCUCUUCAGUUAUUUUCUCUCCAGCAUUGGCUUGGCAAAGUAACGCAAGUCUGUAACAGGAAGAUGUUGACAAGAAAUUGGAUUUAGAUAUUUCUCUGUAUUUGUACGUGCAAAGGUACAAAACUACAUUUCCCCUUGCCUGCAUUGCUUUAUCUGCAUGCAACCUUCAGAUUGUAAACAAAUGACAUGUCUUCCAAUACAAUGGUUUUUAAUCUUUUUUUGGAUUUUUAUGGAACAUCUAAGGUUAUACUGCUGGAGACUAUUUUCCAGAAUAACAUGAUUUACAAUGUUAAUUUUGUGUAAAUGGGAAUUUAUACAUAACAAAAAACUGUAUAAUGUGCAAUACACUUCUAAUUAAUACCAUUUUGUUUCAAUGAAGGAAAAAAAAACAUACAUGUGC